GUGAACUACUGGGGUAUCGACAGCGCCCGGCUGUUCGAGACCAAAGUCGACUCGGAAAACAGUACACAGCGCUGGGCGCUGAACGCCGGCAUCGCCCAUUUGUGCACGAGGCCGGGCUUUCGCGAGACCAGUAGUUACCGAAAUUUUGACAGCAACAACCCGAAUGGCAUCGACCUGACCUGCC